AUGAGUGGCGAUUUGCGACCUUCUGCCUCCGCUGCUUCCACUUCAACUUCUCCUAUACUGAUUAGUCUAGCUACAAAGUCCUUUGGGAAAAGGCAUGAAGAUUGCUCCCAUAGCCCUUCCUCUGGAAAAGAAUUCAGUGAAGCGUUUGUGAAACGCAGGAAGGUGAAUCAAGCAUUGGUGACAUUCAGGAACUUGGUCAAUAAACUAAUGCAUCAGUACAAAGUGUACGAACCUAAGAAUCCUAGGGCCAAGAAUAAGAAUAAAGCUCUAUUGGAAGCCACAAUGACAAUGAGAAGAGAACAUCAAUGGGAGAACACUCAACCGUGCGUGAGCAAUAUACUAGGAAUCGAUGUGGGUGAUAUUUUUCAGUCCUGGGUUGAACUCAAUGUCAUUGGCCUCCAUAGGCAGUUUUGGAAUGGAAUUGAUUAUAAGAUAAUGGACAAUAGCUUGUUGGCCAUAAGCAUUGUGGCAACAGAUCGCUAUGAUAAUGCUAGAAGAUAUAAUGGUACCUUGGUUUAUGAAGGUCAAGGAGGAAAUCCUACUGUUGGAGAAAUGUUUCACUUCGUGAUUAAAAACUGGAAGAAGGAAGAAGGAAAUUAUGACUAA